GUCUAAUCCCCAAUUGUUCAUCGUCUCUGUUUGCUUUCCUUUUUCUUCCUCUUUUUUAACUUUUCACACUUUACAUCUCCCCAUUUCUUUUUCAUUCUCAGGAAAAAAGCUAAUACCCACUUGAAGUCCUAGACCUAAAACCAAAACCCAUUAUUUCAUUUUUCACAAAAGUAAGACGUGGGCUUUCCUCAGGAGGAGCUUUCCUCUUCUCAUUUGGGCUAAUUUUCCAGAUCUGUAGCCUUUCAUCUCCCUCCUUUUCUGGGUGUAAGCUUGUUUACAAAUUUACUUACUAUAUGUCUGCUUGCAAGUAGCUGUUUUGUCUUAAAAACUUCGUCCUCCGCUUUGGAUUUUGGAGCUUGAAGGGAAAAAGAAGCUCCUUCAGGUGGAAUUAGAUAGGAAAAAUGGCUAAUGGGUUUUCAAAACAUUGCCAUUUUCUGUUGGGGAAAUGAAACUGGGGUUUUGAAGUUGUUUUUGUUUUGUUUUUAUAAGAUUGAAAUCGAACACCCUUUGAGGGAUUUAGGGUUUUUUUCUUUUGGAAGUGGUGGAUCUUUGAUUUGCCAGUGGCAAAGAUGAUUCAGUUAUUGUUUUUGGUUCUUUUUGCCGAGGGAGUUGUGGCAUUCCUCUUGCUGGUAAAGAUUGGGUUACUUAGAGAGUUUGUUAUAAAGAGUUUAGAUCAGCUGAAAAUGGGUAAAGGUCCAGCAACUGUUAAAACAAUUGCUGCUACCAUGUCUGUCAUUCUCUUGUCCAGUCUUAUGAACAUUGUUAAGAUCCAGAACAAAGGUGCAAAGCUUGGGACAAUGUCACCCAUGGAUCAGGUUCUUUGGAGGACACAGUUGCUUGAGGCUUCACUUAUUGGUUUUACCUUGUUCCUUGGUUUUAUAAUCGAUCGCAUGCACCAUUAUUUUCAAAAACUUAUUGGAUUAAGAGAGAACAUCGGAAGUUCAAAAGAGGAAGUAGAAAGGCUACAAAAAGAGAAAACAGAGCUAGCACAAAAGGAAGAGAAAUGUUCGAAGCAAAUAAAGGAGCUGCGAGAAGAAAUAUCAAUUUUGUCAGAAAACUUGAAGAAAGUAAAGCAGGAAAGUGAAGAAAAAGAUAAGAGGAUUGAAACUGCUGAUGCGCAUGUAACUUCUCUCCAGAAACAAGCUGCCGAUCUACUUCUCGAAUACGAUCGUCUACUUGAAGACAAUCAAAAUCUUCAAAAUCAAACACUAGGAGGAUAUAAAAAGUGAGGAAUUUUGCAGGAUAAUUUUUCACUCUAGUGGAAUAGAAAAGGGCCUACUGGUUUGAAGAAAUAUGAUGCUAAUGAUGCAUCUCAUGUUUCUUGAAAAUGAGUUUAAUUGAGAUUGAAAGAAAAAGAAUGAAAGACUGGGAAAUUCUAUUGAUUAAUGUCUUAGUUCAAAGGUUUUGUGAUUCUCAUGAUUCUAAUGAACAUCAAUUUACCAUAUUUUUGGUGCCUUCUUAAAUGGAAAUGCCAACUUUUACUGCCA